GUGUAUUUCAACAAUUGAUGGGGCGCGGGAUCCACGAGCACCUGCCAGUGCGUUCAAAGCUUCAUGCUACUGUACACCGCAUACCACACUGAUCAAAACUCAGCUCCUCCCUCUAGCACUGAGGCAACCUAUAAGUCAACUAGACCCAUCGAUUCAGAUACUCAGGCCUCAUCCCUCAGGCCCUACGAAACGCGUGGGUGUUUCGAGGGCCGACUGAGGUGCCUUUCCGCAGACAAUGAUGCCCAGCCAAUAGCUGAGUUAUCGGAGUCAGUUGACUACAUUCAAGCUGUAAGGGGUAAAUGUAAUGAGUAUCGAGGGUCGCGUUGCGCGUCCUUACACGAGAAGAGGCGGAAGGAGCACCGACGAACAGGAAGGAUUCGUCGUGACGAAGCGCGUCGGUGUCUAAAGAUACGUUCAGAGUCAACCGGCGUGGCGCGUUAGGUGGCCCACGACACAUAACUUAUCUGUAACAUAAACCGAGAACAAGACAUCGACAUCGACG